AUGGCGGAACGUGGUGGAGAACGUGGUGCCGAGCGAGGCGGAGACCGUGGUGGUUUCGGACGUGGAUUCGGAGGUCGUGGCGACCGUGGAGGUCGUGGCGGUCCAAGAGGACGUGGUGGUAGACGUGGAGGACGUCCCGCUGAAGAGGAGAAGUGGACACCAGUGACCAAGCUAGGCCGUCUCGUGAAAGAAGGAAAGAUCCAGAAGCUGGAGCAGAUCUACCUCCACUCACUCCCCGUCAAGGAGUACCAGAUCAUUGAUCUCCUCGUUGGUCCAACUUUAAAAGACGAGGUGAUGAAGAUCAUGCCUGUUCAGAAACAGACGAGAGCUGGUCAGAGGACGAG